UAUAGAAAAAUGUAUUUUUUUUGUACUCAACUCUGAAUUCUUUGGGGGAUUACAGUUUCUGAAAAACUAUCUGCUUAUCCCACAUGCCAUACUUUCAAUUAUCAAAAUGGAGAUUAUCACCUGGGCAUGCUUUUUUGGAUUUGUUGCCCUCGUAUCAUUUCUCAUCUACAACACACUGUCAAAGUCAUCAUCAGAAGACGAUCUAUUUGAGGAGGACAGAGCUCAUAGAAGAAAGAACGUGAACAGUAAACAAAGUCAGGAUAAUGCACGGAAUACAUUGGAAAAGGCAAAAGAAAAGAAACUUAAAAAACUAAACAAAAAGAAGAAGGACAAAAAAACGAUUGAAUCUUCUGUUGAAGAGACAAGCGAUGUCACUGAAGCUGAAACAAAUGAACAAAUGAAUGAGGAAAGUGAAAGUUCUGGCGUUCAACCAGUUGUGCUUAACAAGAAAAGUAAGCCUUCCAAAUUUCAAGUAAGUGAUAAUGAAAAUGAAACGAAGAAGAAUACCAAACUAGAAGUGAAAAGCAAGAAAGAUGUAUCUUCAUCUGAGGAAACAGUAGAUUCGUCACCUUCUACAGAAGAAAAGACAGCAAAGAAACUGUCCAAACAAACUGUUGACAAGGGUACAGUGCCGGCUAAAAAGCCGAAAGUUUUGGAAAAACCAGCUGAAGAUAAAAAACCUAUUGAGGUGGUGGAAGAAAAAAUGGUGGAAGUUGUUGAAACACCUGUGCAAGCACAAGUUAUCAAAAAAGAAUUUAAACCAGUGCAAACUGUCCAAAAUGGUAUGAAAACAAAGAAUAACAAGAAGAAGAAAAAUGAGCUUACCAACUUGCAGCAAUUAAAAAGUGAGUCUGAAGCUGUUAAUAUAAACUUGUUGAUUGCCUUGGUUCAAAAAGCAGAACUAUCUCGCUCAGAAAAUCAACUUUUGAUUGAUGCUCUUUUAAACAAACAACAAGAAGAUAUUUCCGAGUGGUUGCAGGGUCGUCAAGAUCCACUUGUUAAGCUUAAGAAACAGUUGUUGGAAACUGAACAAGCUCUUAAAGAUGAAAAGGAAGCAGCAGUUGGUUUACAAACAAAAUUGAAGGAACUCCGCAACGAGAUUAAUAAUGAAAAAUCAACGAAUAGACAGAUGGAAGAGAGACUUGCAACAGUCCAGAAUGAAUGCCAGUCAUAUUCUCUUAAGCUUCAACAGGCAAUCGAAGACAAACAAGCACUCACUGCCCAACAUAACAGCUGCCUUCAACAGAUUAAACAAUGUCAAAAACAACUUAGUGAUGAGAAAAUAAAGGCGAAAGAAGAGCUUGCCGAAGCUGAAGAACAAUAUCAUGAAGCUAUUCGUGCUGUACAAACUGAGUGUACGGAAUACGCUUUAACAUCACAACAGUUUCAGGCUGAAUCAGCCAAUCUAAGAGCUCAAUUAGCUUUGGUUCAAGAUCAAAGUUUAAUGGUGAAUGAGGAAUUUCUAAAAAGUAAAAAUGAUAUGGAACGGCUUCUAACUGAAUCACAGUUCCAAGUUUCCAAACUACAAAAUGAGCUGAGUGCAGCGACCAGAGAAUUAAAUGAAGUGCGGGAAGAACGUAAACAUGAUAAUAUGUUCCGUAACAAAUACGAAUUAGAGAACCAAAGUCUAAUAGAUGAAAAUAAUAGACUCUCCUGUAAGAUAUCUUCACUCCAUUCUGAAAUUAAAACUUUAUUGGAACAAAAUGAAGCCCUGUCAAAAAAUUGUUCGGAAAUCUUGGAAAAUGGAUAUUCAUACAAUAAUAAACAAAAAUUAGCAGAAUACGACUCAAGAUUAGAGGAAACAGAAAACUCAUUAAAAUCUGUUAAAAAUGAGUUGGAUGCCAAGGUUAAUAAAAUAGAAGAAUUAAACACGAUAAUUUCAACUUGUAAAAAUGAAAACGCGAAAAAAGAUGCUCUUUUACAAAAAGCACAAACUGAAAUUGAUGCUUUGAAGGCCAAGGCUGCUCUUUCACCUAUAAAAAUAAUUGAAGAUGAUAACUUGCUUCAGUUAAAAGAUGUGAUUACAGAAAAAAAUAAGGAAAUAAGUAACCUUAAGAACGAAAUUGAAUCUUGCAAACAACAAAACAAUAAGUUAAGGGACAAAAACUGGAAAAUAAUAGAAGCACUAAAUCAAGCCGAAAAACGAUCUCAGUACAGCGAAAGACAUAGCGAACUAAGCAAUCCUGCAAAAGAAAACGGUUUUGAAACCAGAGUUGAGAACUGGGUGAAAAAGCUUGUGAACAAAUUGGAACCGAACAUAGUUCUUGAAGAAAAGGGUACAGAUGAUAUGACAGUAUGGUUAAAUAAAGUUGAGAACGCUCUUAAUUCUUAUAAUCAUCAAAGGCCAGAAUACUGCGAUGAUAACACAGAUUUAGUUCACCUACAGUCUCAAAAUAACCAACUUCAAAAUUUAUUGGAACAUUACAAGAAAGUAAUCAAUGACACUGAAGGAAUGCUUAAUGAAUUGCAAAAUAAUGUUGAGAUAAGAGAAUCUGAAUGGAAGGAUAAAAUUAAUGAUUUAGAGAACAUAGUUGAACAACUAAGACAGGGCCAGUCGCAGUGACAGGAUGAUUUAAGAAAAUAAUUAUUUUGAUGCAAAUAAAAGUCCCAUUCCACUUUAAGACUGAAGAUUUCAUUUGUGGACCGAUAUUUCAAACAGUUUUAGAAGCUAUUCUCAUAUGACAUUGAUGAUCAUGUAUUGCUAUUGGAUUCAAUUGGUUGUUAACAAUAACCUACUUUUCUGAUCUGCGAUAUAAAAUAUGUGUGAUGCUAGUGGAUUUUUGUGAUUUCAUUUAUCCGCCUUAUUAAAAUUCACACAUGAAACUGCAUUUAAAUUGUUUUCCUGUACAAAAUUUUAUUUGUUAUUAAUUGAUAAUUUUAAAUUUCAAUCUAAAACCGUUCAUAAAAUUGCUGCCAUUGUAUUUAAUUAUAUUUAGAACAUCAGUUUAUAACAACAAUUUAAUUGAGUGUACUUUUAUCACAUAUAAUGUACGUUGUGUUUGCCUCAUUCUGUACCACACAAUAUAAUAGAUUAAAAGAAUCCUAUAUUUUUUAUAUAAAAAUUGGAAAUUUGCAUGUGUUGAGAUAUUACUCGGAUUUAUUUGUAUGUAUCUGAACAGUUCCAAUACUGAGAGAAAGAACUUUCCUAUUUAUACUAAAAUGAAAAAAAAAGUGUUCUAACCUAUAACUUUUUAUUUAGAAAAAUUAUUGUUGAUUGUAGAAUAUGUUCAUUUAUUUUAAUCAUUAUACUAUCCUUAUAUGGUUACUUUUAUUGGUGGUCUGAUGAAAUAUGUUCAAUGAGAAUCCUUAGGUCGCUUUUUAAUGUACCUCGGCAAAGCACACUACUCUUUAUCUUUGUAAUAAAUUGUUAUCCAUGUAAAAAUUUGUAUUAUAAAUAGUUUGUAUCAAAAUAAACGUGGUUAGUGUUAAAAACCAGACAUGUCAUUUCUAUUCACACAGUACGACAAUAAAUUUUUUUUAAAGUAUUAAAUACACGAUAAAAACACAAGGCAGCCUUUAAAAAUUUUCCAAUCUAUUGAGAAUAAAAAAAGGGUUAAAUUAAAGGAAUGUGCCUAAUCUAUUGUUCAAUCUGCUUGCAGAAAGUAGGGCGUCAUUGUAUAUUUUUAUAAAUUUGUAUUUUUUUAUUUUAGGAUAUAAACCAAAAU